CUACUAAGUCUGUGGUGAUACAUUGAUAGUACGUUAACGAAUAUGAUUUGCCGGUAAAAUUGUGCUAAAAGUAGAAGUGAAUUUCAUUUAUUAUAGUUUUUUUUUCUAACAAAUAGUGACAUUUAUAAAAUGCAAGCAUUCCUCAAAACUGGUAAAAUUUCUGGAUCUGAUAAACCUUCUUCUUCUGGUGUUAAACCUUCUGCAAAAAAGAAACCACCAGCACCAUGGGUAGAGAAAUAUCGUCCCAAAACAAUUGAUGAUAUUGUUGAUCAAGGUGAAGUGAUUCAAGUAUUACGAGAAUGCCUAGCAGGAGGAGAUUUACCCCAUUUACUGUUUUAUGGUCCACCCGGUACUGGUAAAACCAGUGCUAUUUUAGCUGCCGCUAGACAACUCUUUGGCGAUAUCACAAAAGAUAGGGUUUUAGAACUCAAUGCAUCAGAUGAGCGGGGUAUCCAAGUUGUAAGAGAUAAAGUAAAGGCCUUUGCUCAAUUGACAGUCAGCAGCACAAGACCUGAUGGUCGCCCCUGUCCACCUUACAAACUAGUAAUUUUGGAUGAAGCAGACUCCAUGACUACAGCUGCUCAGGCAGCAUUAAGACGCACAAUGGAGAGAGAGACUCGCACCACGCGCUUCUGUCUUAUUUGUAACUACGUAUCACGGAUUAUUCCUCCAAUUACAAGUCGAUGUUCUAAGUUCCGUUUCAAACCCUUAGCAAGAGAAAAUGUUAUUAAAAGGCUAAGUGAGAUAUGUGAGACUGAAGGUGUGGAUAUAGGCGAGGGCACUGUGUUACACCAGGCAGUAGAAACGUGUGACGGUGACUUGCGACGAGCAUUGACAGCUCUGCAGUGUUGUCAGCGGCUCUUAGGAAAAAUUACUGCUGAAGGUCUUAUUGAGGUAACAGGCUUAGUACCAGACCAAUUAGUUCAAGAUUAUUUGAACAUCAAAAAUUAUACAGAACUGGAGAAAUUUGUGUAUAGUUUCUUGAUGGAGGCCUAUUCAGCUUCUCAACUUCUAGAACAGCUAAGUGCAUUAGUGGUAUCUUCCGGCCAUCUUACUAACAAGCAGAAAUGUGCCAUCAGUGAAAAAUUGGCUAUAUGUUCCCAUCGGCUUCUAGACGGCGGUGCUGAGAGUAUGCAGCUGACUGAUCUCGGUUGUACCAUUAUCAUGGCUAAUAAUGAUCCUUAGUAAACAAAAAUGAACCUUAUUGGGAAACAGCGAAUGUGCCUUUUAAUUACACCGUUAAGUGUUACCACACAACUAAGUUGUGAUUGGAAAAUAGUAUAAAAUUACUGAAUUGUUACGUCUUUUUGCCACUGAAAUGUAGGUGUAUAAGAGUAACAAAAAAGAAAACAUUUCCAUAAUAUUGUUUGUUAGAAAUAGCGUAAAGAAAUCUAAACCUAUACAGCAAUGUUUUCAAUCAUAUUGGAACCUUAGUUUGCCGCUAGAAUAGAUUGGUACGAUGAUGUUUUGUUUUUUAAAGUUUUUGAAUUAAAUAGAAUUAUUAGCAUUGUAAAAGAUCGCGUAUGAUUGACCGAGAUAAAUAGAUAUAAACAUACAUGUGAGUAGCUCGGUGGCGUAGUGGAUAAGCGUCGCGGCCCGCGAUCGUUGUCGUUAAGCAACUUUCGCUAGGGUCGGUCACGGGAUGGGUGACCAAAAAAUUAUUAUCUCGAGCUACUCCAUGCUUCGGAAGGCACGUUAAGCCGUUGGUCCUGGCUGCAUUUGCAGUCGUUAAUACUCUCCAAUCCGCAUUGGGCCAGCGUGGAGGGUCUUGGCACAUCCUCCUUAACCAUCCAUAAGGAAGGCAUGAGCCCCUGCAGUGGGGACGUAAAAGGGCUGAUGAUGAUACAUGUGAGAGCUAUCGGCCUGUGUCGGUGUACCCUUCCUUUGUGAAGAAAAUAAAUCCCGUUCAUUGAAUUCCUAAGUUUUAAAGAUUAUUUAAUGCUUAUUAGAAUAAUGAAUUACAAUAGUUACGUGUAUGAGUACCUAGAUGUAACUUAUCAAAGAAUUGUACUUGCAUAAUUAUGCGUUAUACAAAAAUAUGCAUAGAAAUUAAUUUUGGAUAAUAACAAAAAUUCUGGUUAUUUAGUAAGUACUUAUAGAAAAUAUUUUGUGAAUAUGGCCACCAUCCGCUACCCGACAUAAAUUCUUGAAAUAUAUUUAAACUUCACAUUUACAUAGAAGAAUGUGUUCUUAAACAGUUUAAACAAAAAUAAUUUUCUCAAAAAUUGGGUUUGUUAUUUUUAAAUUGUAAGACUUAAUGGACACUGUUAUAAAUUAUUUUUCUAUGCUAUGUAUUUUCUUUAAUAAAAUUGUGGAACAG